UCAUCCAUGCUGUGAUCAGAAAGAAGAGACUCAUCGCGUCAAGAUGAAGACUGUCGUUCGUGUUUCAGUCUUCCUCACAGUUUUGAUCCAGCUCUCCAGAGCAGUGACGGUAAAGGAAGGAGACUUUGAGUUCUCUCUGGAGUCAGUGAAAGCUCUUGGAGCUCUGAUGACCUCAGACGAAGUCUCAGCUGAACAGGACCUGGAGGCCGUGUGCUCUCACCCUGACCUGCCCCGGGACUUCAAACCUCUGUGUCUGAGGUACGACCCUGGAGCAGCUCUGGCUCGACUCGCGGACGUUGCUUCCCACCCUGAUGACUGUGAGAUCUGUGUAUCUGUCGCCUGCUACGGCUGCUGAAGGGACAUCUACGCCGUCAGAUAUUACACAAGUUCCCAUUUAUCAUAGUGUGUUUGUGUUUUAUAGUCGCCAUAUUUUAAUGGUUUUAUGUCUGAUUUCAAGUAGGAAAGUUUUUGUAUUCUUGGUUCAUGUUUCUAAAUUUUCUUUUGCUGCCUUUGAGGAAAUCUGAAUUCAAUGUUUGAAAAAUCCUGUAAAGUUGAUUACUGUUUUCUGUAUUUUCAUCAGUGUGA